CCUUUUUUACUGCUCACUGUGACACACUGGCUGGCCCUUUGGUUGUGCCAGUUUCAGUGUUGUAAUGCUAAAGAAGAAGGUCAUUCCUCUUCACCGCAAAGAGAGGGAGAGGAAAGGUUACACCCAGUAUUUGUUGGUGAAAUCAGGCACAACAAAGCCUAACGGUAAAGGAUAUGGGGUAUGACAGCUGCAGUAAAGGAAGGACUUGCAGUAAAAGGUCAGUAAUCAUUUCCCUCUGAUUCGGAUGAUUGCUUUCCAGAAGGAAACUCAUGCUCAGGAUGCUGUUGCUGUGCUACAAAGCUACUGUGAAGGACAGAAGUGCUUUAGGCUGCUCAGUGCCAUAACUGUGAACAGGACGAGGACAAAACUGAAGCUGGUUUAUCACUCCACUCCUCCCACAUAACCAUGUACUAUUACAGAAUAUACACAGUGGAUUUUUCCAGCUAUGCAAAGCAGUGCUUGGUUAGGGUGGUGCAGAUGCAGCUGUGCUUGAGGACAGCUCACUGACAGCUGGACCUGUGGGGGAUGGAGGAGGUUAUGAAAAGGCUGAAAUCCAAUUUACUGCUUGUGACAACAGCGCGGAUGAUGCGGCACCGUGCACAAGACGCCAGGGAAAACCUCUGAGUGGUGGAGCAUGGAGCACCCUACUCUGACUUCAGACCCUCCUCACUGCCAAGACAGGCACAACAUGAGAUGGGUUGGAGGAGACGACCUCCAGAGGUUCCCUCCAAACUCUACAGUUCUGUGCUAUUUUGGGUUACUGAAAUGAACUAUGUGAGGUGGGGCCAGCCCUGACUCCUUAUUAGGAUUAAUAUUCAGCAGUUAAUGACCCACCCUGUGUUGUGCUUCUGUGAACAAGUGACACCCACCGACCAUGGAGCCGUGGAUAUGGCUGCAACCACCCUGAGACGACCCACGCUCGCUGAACUGUUGUUCAGCAGCAAUACCCGCAACCCUUCACACCCCUGAGCCCUCCCACCUCCACACGACCGCUCAGCACGUACACGAUCAUCCUCCCUUCCCGCCCCGCGCAUGCGCACACUUCCUUCCCGCCUCACUCCCACCUCCCCACACUGAUGGGGGGGUUGUGUUCUCGUGAGGAGUGCUGCGAAAUCUCGCGAGAGGUGCGGCAGAAGGCUCCGUGGCGCCUCCCUGAGGUCCCGUUCCCGCGCUGCGGAUAUGGCGGCCCCGCUGUUGGCCUCGCCCGGCCGCCGGAGCCGCUUCGAGCAGGAGCAGGAGCGGACCGUCCGCGCCCUCAUCCGCAGCGUCACCGGCCUCCCCGAGGAGGAGGAGGAGAAGCAGGAGGAGGAGGAGUCGGGCGGCGGCCGGUUCCAGACGGCGCUGAAUUUCGCCUGGUCCAACUUCAGAUUUCACCGUUUUCUUGAUGUGAACAGUCAUAAAGUAGAGAGGACCAUAGAGGGAAUACAUGAAAAAUUGAUAGUUCAUUCUGACCUGGGAAAAGCAGCAAGCUGGAAAAGAUUAACAGAAAAAUUUCUGAAUUCACCACUUCCAAGCAUAGAAGAAACAAAAACAGAUACGCACUAUUCCAUACUGUCUCUUCUGCUAUGUUUGUCUGAUUCUCCAUCUAACACCACCUAUGUGGAAAAACCAAGAGAAAAAGAAGCAGAUUCCUUUUUGAAUGAUCUCUGCACAUUCCCUCGGCGGUGUUUUGAAUGCACUUUCAGCCCAUUCCAGGAAUGUGAAUAUGAAGAGGUUAUCUCAAACAGCUCUAAUUACAAAAAGGAAGAAAAAUUUGACUGGGGAAAGUAUUUGUUGGAAGGAGAAGAAAUUUACUUUGGCCCAGGCAUAGAUUCACCAGAUUGGUCUGGAGAAAGUGAGGAGGAGGAAGAUACUCAGCCUUUGAGCAGGGAGGACUCAGGUAUUCAAGUAGACAGAACACCUUUAGAAGACCAAGAUCCAAACAAGAAAACAGUACCUAAUGUUUCCUGGAAAGUUGGUGAGCCUGAUGCCCGGAGCUGGCUGGAGCAGCAUGUCGUUCCUCAGUACUGGACAGGAAGAGCUCCUCGUUUUUCUCAUAGUUUGCACUUGCAUUCCAACCUAGCUGCAGUCUGGGACCACCACUUGUACACCAGUGAUCCUUUAUAUGUGCCAGAAGAGAGAACACUAGUCACAGAAACCCAGGUUAUAAGGGAAACUCUUUGGCUACUUUCAGGAGUGAAAAAGCUCUUUAUAUUUCAGCUGAAUGAUGGAAAAGUGGUUGUGCGGAACGAUAUAAUUGUAACUCACUUAACCCAUAAUUGCCUAAGGUCUGUGUUGGAGCAGAUAGCUGCAUAUGGUCAAGUUGUGUUUAGACUGCAGAAAUUUAUUGAUGAGGUGAUGGGACACAGCCCGGAAAAUGUUUCUACUCCAAAGAAAACCACUGAAGCCCCAUUCAGAACAUACCAAGCUUUUAUGUGGGCCUUAUACAAAUACUUCAUUAGCUUCAAAGAAGAACUUACUGAAAUUGAAAAAUGCAUCAUCAACAAAGACAAAACAGUCACACUUUCAAUAGUAAUAGAUAAGCUGUCUCCCCGCCUGGCACAGCUAAAGGUACUUCACAAGGUUUUUAGUACAGGAGUAGCAGAAGUGCCACCUGACACUAGAAAUGUUGUACGAGCAUCUCAUCUGCUUAAUACUCUUUACAAAGCUAUUCUUGAAUAUGACAGUGUUGGAGAAGCAUCUGAACAAACGGUGUCCCUUCUGUUCUCUCUCUGGGUUGAGACUGUGAGGCCAUACUUACAGACAGUGGAUGAGUGGAUUGUCCAUGGCAAUUUGUUUGAUCCUGCAAAGGAAUUCAUCAUUCAGAGGAACAAAAACGUUCCAGUUAAUCACAGAGAUUUUUGGUAUGCUACCUACACAUUAUAUAGCGUGUCAGAAAAAACAGAGAAUGAAGAGAAGAUGAGUGAUAAUGCCAGUGCCAGUUCUGGCAGUGAUCAGGCCCCUUCAAGCAGGCAACACACUAUGGUCUCUUUUCUGAAACCUGUGCUAAAGCAAAUCAUCAUGGCUGGAAAAUCCAUGCAGCUGUUGAAGAAUCUUCAAUGCAAAGAUGGCUCUCCACAGCAGGCCGCAUCCAGGGAUGCUGAAAGAAAGAGUUUGUAUACGCUGUUCCUGGAAUCCGUGCAGUCUCGCCUGAGGCAUGGGGAAGAGUCUGUUCCAGAUAUUAUUACAGAGCAGCAGGCCACCAAGCAGAGCCUAAUAAAGAUGCAAUCUAUAGCAGAAAGGCACUUAGAACUGGAUGAUGUCCAUGACCCACUGCUGGCUAUUAAUUUCGCCAGAUUAUAUUUGGAGCAGAGUGACUUUCACGAGAAGUUUACUGGUGGGGAUGUUUGUGUGGAUCGAUCCUCAGAAUCGGUCACCUGCCAGACUUUUGAACUGACACUGAGGUCUUGUCUUUAUCCUCACAUAGACAAGCAAUACUUGGAGUGCUGUGGUAAUCUAAUGCAAACUUUAAAGAAGGAUUAUAGGCUUGUAGAAUAUUUGCAAGCUAUGAGAAACUUUUUCUUACUUGAAGCUGGAGAUACUAUGUAUGAUUUCUAUACAUCCAUUUUUGACAAAAUUAGAGAAAAGGAAACUUGGCAGAAUGUUGCCUUCUUAAAUGUUCAGCUUCAAGAAGCAGUAGGACAGCGCUAUCCGGAGGACAGCUCAAGGUUGUCUAUAUCAUUUGAAAGUGUUGAUACAGCAAAGAAGAAACUGCCUGUCCACACCCUAGAUGGCUUGACAUUAAGUUAUAAGGUUCCUUGGCCUGUGGACAUAGUUAUAAGCCUAGAGUGCCAAAAAAUUUACAACCAAGUUUUUCUGCUCCUACUACAAAUAAAGUGGGCCAAGUAUAGUCUAGAUGUUCUAAGAUUUGACGAACUAGUCUGUGCUGCAGAAAACUCACAGGUUAAAGAGGAAACUUUAUUAGAACAAGGAACGCUUCCUCGAUUUGGACCACAAACAGAAAGUAUAAAACAACAAAUACAUCGCAUGUUCCUCUUAAGAGUGAAACUUAUGCAUUUUGUUAACAGCCUGCACAACUACAUCAUGACUCGGAUUCUUCACAGUACUGGCUUGGAAUUUCAGCACCAGGUAGAAGAAGCUAAAGAUUUAGAUCAGUUAAUAAAGAUUCAUUACAGAUACCUAUCUACAAUCCAUGAUCGCUGCCUACUAAGAGAAAAGGUGAGCUUUGUCAAAGAAGCUAUAAUGAAAGUUUUAAAUUUAGUGCUGAUGUUUGCAGACCGUUGGCAGGCGGGUCUGGGGGCUUGGAAGAUGGAAUCCAUAGAGAAAAUGGAAUCUGAUUUUAAAAACUGCCACAUGUUUCUUGUAACUGUCCUCAACAAAGCUGUCUGCCGAGGCUCUUUUCCUCACUUGGAAUCUUUAGCUCUAUCACUGAUGGCUGGCAUGGAACAGAGCUAGCACCUGAAUCUGCUGAGCUGCAGAACAACUGAAAGCAGCAUUUAUGUUGAAUGUCCUUUGUUAACUGUAAGCGUUUUACACUCCAUUUUGAAACAUAUAUAGUGAAAUUAUACUGAUGGUUUGGAGCUGUGUAAAGUAUUCUCAAAUGUAAAUAAUGUACAGGUAUUUAAGUGUAUUGCUUGUGGCUGUAUUGUUCUCUGUAUGUAUAUGACUUUGACAUGAAAAAAUGUGCACUGUAAAAUGCAUCCUGCGUGAACAAUCUUGCCUGAAAUACAUGAAGUGUAUUUUGUGCUGUAUAAAGGAUUUUUAUUUUGUUUUUAUUGUUAUUAUGAAUAAUUGCUGAUGUACUGUUUCCAUUAACUUUGCAGCUGUGACUAGGUCACAAGGCACUGUGCACUGGUGUGACUCAGUUCUUAUUAUUCAAAAGGUUGGCUGAGUUCAUUUUGGGGGGAAAAAAAGAAGCUAAGAGCCAUUUAUCUUGUUUGCUUAAUGACUCUUAAGCACUCUUUGGGAACAAUUAUGACUGUUACAAUAACCUGAUAUUAAAAAAACAACAACAACAUUAACUUAAUUGAAGUAGAUUAUUGUAGGCCAUAGAAUACUGAUAUUUUUGAAUGUUAAAUGAUGAAAGCAUACUAAUUUUGGUGGUAAACUUGUCAGUUUAAGCAUGAUGAAGAUGACUGUGAAAUACAUUGCUUUUACCUGUUGGAUUGCUAAGAUGUUUCAGAGGUUACAACUUGAUCAUUCUCCUUCAAAGCCUUUUGCAAACAAAACUAUUCAUUUAAUAGUUAAUUUCUUGUAAAGAGGUAGAUCAUAAUACAGAAAGGGUACGUUUUUAGAGAAGUGGAUGUAGGGCUUGUUCCACAACCCUGCUACAUCCCCAUGAUUUUUUUUGUCAUUCUGACAUGACUACACCUACAUUUAAAAGAAGAAAAUCGCAGCCAUUUGCCUUUUUAUUUGAAUAAAUAAAGGAUUAAAUAAUUGGAAUUUGACCAUUGUGUGUGAGUUUCUGCUUGAAUCUCAGUGGUAACUUACUAAAGUUAGAGGGGUGUUUCUGCUGUAUAAGUGCAGUAUAUUAAUAAUAGCUGUGGAACAGUGGCUCACGUUAUAAAGCUGUUUUUGGAGCUGUGAAUUUGCUGCAUUAUUUUACACGUAUAAAUAUUGCUGUCUUGUGUAAACGAGAGAUCUCAACGGGUUCCUGCAAAGUUAUGGCUUUUUUUUGAGUCUUUUUUGUUUACCUGAAGAAUAAGUCCUUUGGUUUUGGUGUGUAUGCCUUGUGAUGCUGCCAAGACCUUCCAUUGGCCUGCUGGCAGCAGCUAAGUAAAGAUUUACCUAUUCAGAAAAGAGGUUUUUGGUGAAGUGUUGGGUAUUUCAGCUAUUUGCUCAAAUUUCAGAUAAAAAAAAAAAAAGUCUAGCAUUUUCUGAUCUCUUUAGAGAGAAGUGCUGUUAGUUGGAUUUCACCCCCUGUCCAUUUCUUCUGGAUGAUUUUGACUGCUUGCAAAUUCCAAUCUCCAUCAGUUAUCUCUGAUUUGAAUCUUAAAUUUGGGAUCCUUCUCUUCAACAUGGAAAUGUGGCAUUUCUAUAUGCUUUAUUUCUACUUUUGGGAUUUUGAGCAUGUGAAAACUGAUCUUUCUAAGCUUCUAAGGGGUAACUUCUGAUUUAAAGCUUUUGUUGUUAAAAAAUAAAAAAAUAAAAAGCCCACUAGGUGGCAGAUUUUAAAAUUUCAAGGAAUUGAUUUUACGAAGUUGAUCUUUUUGUGCUUAUGGUUGUUGGUUUCAUAAUAUCAAAAGGCUGGUGUGUACUGAAGUGAAAAAAGUAUGUCUGAUGAUAGAAGUAUGUCUGAUCUAAAGUAAGAAAUAGGAACUUAUUUUAAAAAAAAUGAUUCUUGACUAUGGGGAUAAUGUCUUAAUGAAUUAUUGAAUGAGAGGAAGCACAAGCUGAUUUGUAGCUGCAGACAGAUUGUUCUCAUCCUAGAGAAAUGGAAACUACAAAGCAAAAAUACUGUUAGAUUCUACUCUUAGCCAAGUUAUCCAAUUUUAUGCUAAGCCACAAGAAGGCCUUGGGUUCUUGAAAAAUAAGUACUUAAAUGUGCAUGGAGGAGUGAAAAAGGAGCACUAAUCUGGGUGAAACAGCAAGCAUGGAUUUAGGUACUUAAAAGUAAGGAUCUGGCUAAAUGGUAUUAGAAAAGAUUAUAACGUUCAAGGUGAGAUGUUGCAUCUGAUGUCUAAGAAUCUUUGGGAAAAGAAAAACAGCCUGCAUUAUUGGAUGCUGUUAAAUCUACACUUUAUUUCCAAAUCUUUUUUUUUCUCUCUAACUUCUGGGUGCCCUCUGCCAGAAGUUACAGUGUAGAGGUCCUUAUCUGUCAGCCUCAGCACUUCUCUUCCUUUUCCUUCUCUUUCCUGUGAUCUUCUAUCAUAUCUAGGCCCCAUUUUAGAACAGAUUUCAGAAAUUCUCUAAUGCUUUCUUUGUUGUUUAGUUUAAUAACCUCCUAAUUAACUAGGUCCUUGGGGACCUUUGCUAGUGUCAAGCUAUUGAUAGCAAAAACAGUUAGCAAGCAGUUGCUGAUUGCAUGGUUUCCGUGGUAGCAUGGAUUAAAGAUACCAUCUCUGAAUUGCAUGCCCAUGAAAAAACAAAAUCUACCCCCCAGCUGCAUUUUAAUCUGACUAGCUCUACAGAUUUACAUGUUGCCAGCUUUCCUCCUAUACUCUUUUGCUUGCUUAUAGAAAAGCAUUCCCACAUCUGCAAUUUGUACUUAAUGGAUCAUGCUGUGGCUUGUUGUGCACUGCUUUUAUUGCUGGGAAAGCUGCAUGGGGUUGUUGGUCACUGCAUCUAGAUAACUAAUAAAAUGACCAGCAUUAGAUGGGCCUUACAUAAGGCCAAGUGAGGGAUUAUAUUUGAGCUGUUGCUUGCAUGAUAGAGAUGGGUCUUGGAUACAGCAAACACUCUCCAAGUGCUCUGCCUGUCUCCUGAGAACUGAAGCAACAGCUCUGUUUUAUGUGUGGGAGUAUGGAAUAGCUCCAUAGUCUGCUUUCCUUUAAACCACUGUCAUGUCUGAUACAAAAUUAAGUGUGUACUGACUCUUUAUAUCAGACAAUUUUUUUUUCUAGUCUUGGACAGUUUUUCCAGUGUGGACAGCUGGCUGACUUUUUGCUGCAGAUGUAGGUUUAUUUAUUAACUAAUUUAGAGACAGUUAUCACUUUUCUUUCUUUGUAGUUUUGCAUGGUGUCAUGUUCUGGGUGUCCUUAUGGCCAUUGUUUGUGAUAGCUUCAUAACAACCUUUCUGUGUUGGAUCAUGACAGAUCAUAGCAUGUUCCUGUGUUGUAUUAUCUCCUUUGUGAGGAUAAAAAGAUCAGUGUAAGGACUCAGCAGGUAAAAAUUAAACUGAGAGGUAGGCAUGUUAUUAAGCUUAAUCACUAAGAUACCUGGGUGGAAAGGUGUAAAACUGGAGUACAUAAGCAUCUUAGAAACGCAUAAAGCAAGACCUCUUCUUCCACGUGGAAUGACAUGGAAAUAAUUUGGGCUUCUGCAGAUAGUUUUCAUUCAUAGAGCUUGGAUAAAUAUUGUGAAGCUGAAAGAAAGGAAUUCAAAAUAGAACAGAACCAGCUGGAAUUCAGGAAGUAGUCUUUUGGGCAUCUGUGGGUAUCUGCAUAGCAAGCAUAGAGCUUUGAAAAAAGUCUUCAUCUGAUCUGCAGGGAAUUGGGUUAAGCUUGUGCUGUCUUACUAUCUGGUGUUCAUCUGAUGCAGAUGUAAGGAACAGAAACUGUCAGGAACAUAACACAUUGGUGUUAUAGAUAUCAGUAAAGAUAAUGGUGACAGGUUAAAUACUGAGUUUAAAUAAAUACCACCCAAGAAAGGUCUGUUUGAGAUUCUAAUUCUAGCCAUUAGCGUCAUAAAGGCCACACAUACCUUCUAGUGAGUAGGGCAUCAGGUAAUGAUCAGGUACAUGUAGAUAUGUAUAACUUUAGCCAGGCCUAGAAGGUCUGUAUUCACUGGUGCAAGAAUAAGAGGGAUGAUACAGUAAAAGGAGAAGCUGGUUAUGAAGACUGACUGAAACCCUUUAUCAAGUGCAGUCAUUGCAGCACUUAAAUUGCACAAAAAUGGAAAGCAAGAAGUCAUGGGGGAAUUCCAGAAUGUAAUACUGAUAAGUAUGCCUCAUGAUACAUGAGAGUGUAGACAUUCAGAUGGUGAAAUGGGAUCUUCCUCUAAUUCCUCUGGGCAGCCUGGUCUGGUGGUUGGUGACCCUGCACGUAGCAGGGGGGGUUGAAACUAGA